CCACCGCCGCGGAUGUGUGUCCGGGUGGGUCAGGCCGAGGUGAUGAGAGGGAGGUCCCGGGCCGGCGGCUGCUCUCAUGGUCCGGCGGACGGUUGGAGACUGGCCGGUAACAUGUGAAUUAUGGUAGGCUUUAUUUUUAUCAUCCCAUAACCUUGAACCAGAUGGACAGACAUGACAGUGUAUUGCUUUGUGCACAUUUGGAUCAACACCUGGAAGACAUGAUGAAUCAACAGAUUUAGUGUUUUGAAGAUGCAUGGUGGAAUUGUCUGUGCAGCAGUUGGAUGAAAUAGCUCCAAUGAGACCCACCAAAUCCACGAGUGUACAUUUUGCCAUUAGGUUUGUUGUGAUACCAAGGUCCUGAAUGAACUGUUACUCAUUUAAAUUUCCAACUAUCUGAAAGUUAAUGAAAGCAAUGUCUCAGCAAAGAGAAGCAGCAGCUCAUGAAUUGGAUGUAAAACCCAAGGUUGGCCAAGGGAAAAAUGUUGAUCGUAGGGACGGUUAUGCUUGGAGUGGCAAGAAACGAUCACGCUCUUCCAAAGUAGACACUACUACAGAUGGUGAGGUUGGGGAUGUUGCUGGCAUAUUGUCGAACACUCCAAGAAGGGAGAGAAAAUGGAGCUCACCUGGACCUGAGCUGGAUCUUGAAGAUUCAUGUUCUCGCAAGCUUUCUAGUCGAUCGUUGAAGCAAAAGAUACAAGAUGCAGUUGCUCAAUGUUUUCCUCUUAAAGUGCAUAAUCAUAAAAACUCUGUAGCUUUAAUUUCAAAGAGUAAAAUCCACAUUAGUGAUCUGGUGGAUAGUUGUCCAUUUCCAGUUGGAAUGGAGUUGACUGAAAAAUGGGACUUGAUUAAUUGGCACACAAUUCCAUUAACUCAAAACUGUGGAGUUUGGGAAGGCUCAGCGGUGGGAUUUGGUGAAGAUGAGCUAGAAGGAGGAUGCAGAAUGAGCAUUGAACUGGAGGUGAACCCAUCAGAUACACAGAUUCACAACCUUGAGGUGAUUUCUCAGAUGAAUGCUUUGCACAGACAAAACUCUGAGGUGGAGUCUGGAAUAAACGAAUUAGCAGGCGAUAAUGGUAUUACAUUUCCUUCAAAUGAUUCAGACUCUGAUGAGGAGCUGAUGGCUCUUUUCACAGAUUCUGAAAAUCAGGCAAAUACCAAGUUGGAUUUUGAUAAUGAACGCAAUUGGUUGACACCCUUUCAUAAAUGCCAGACUCAGUUUGGCUUCAUCUACCGUUUAGUCCCAGACCUAUUUCGGAUUAGUAAUAAUCCAUGUUACUGGGGUGUAAUGGAUAGAUAUGGAGCUGAGGCUUUGUUAGAAGGUAAACCAGAAGGUACAUACUUGCUCAGGGACUCUGCUCAAGAGGAUUAUCUCUUCUCUGUCAGUUUCAGACGGUACAGCCGCUCUCUUCAUGCUAGAAUUGAACAGUGGAAUCAUAACUUUAGUUUUGAUGCCCAUGAUCCCUGUGUUUUUCAUGCACCAAGUGUAACAGGCCUCUUAGAACAUUACAGGGACCCAAACUCGUGUAUGUUCUUUGAGCCACUGUUGUCACUUCCACUAAACAGGACUUUUCCAUUUUCACUUCAGCAUCUUUGCAGAGCUGUUAUUUGCAGCCACACAACCUAUGAUGGCAUCGGCGCUCUUCCUGUACCACCAUCAUUGAAAACCUACCUAAAGGAAUAUCACUAUAAACAAAAAAUAAAAGUACUUAAGAUCAGCACACAACAAUGGCAUAGUGGAUUGAAAGGAAACCAAUGAAGGUUACAAGAAAGAUUAAGGAUCACCAGGAGCAUCUCUGCGCCAAAAAAAAAAACUUGAAUCUGUCUUAAGUUGGAAAUUACUGGUACUUUAUUUUGUCACGGCACAGUUUUUGUUUGAAGACUGUUAACUUCCAUUCCUUAUUCGUGUACUUGUUAAUUUUUCCUUCUCAACAGUGCAGUUAAACAUAAUGUACCUUGUCUGAAGGGACAAAUCAUUUGCGCUUAUCUUCUGUAGGCCAUGACAUCUUGGUGCUUUUGCCAACAAAACAUUCUUGUGUCAUGUUGGAAUGCAGUUUUAAGACUGAAAGAGUUUACUUCUGAAGCCAAGACCACAAUGCUAAAGUGUACUUUUAGAAAGUCAUGAAAACAUUUGGCAUGCGUAUCAAUUUUAUUUGCACUGUUUUUAUACAAUUUAAAAGAUGUUCAUUAAUCUAAUUUUCUAAGUUAUCUGAAGCUUCAAGUAUGUAACAUGGAUAUUGCAAUGUAAUUUUUAAAUUAAUUUUGAGUAAAAUCUAA